CCUUAUUGUAAGUGCUCUUAUAAGCUACUACUAGUUACAAGCUGGUUUAUAUUUAACUACAAGUAGCAACGAUUUGUCUUAGUAUAUAUGGUUCAUAAUACAUAUAUAUUGGAACUGAGAUAAUAUAUGCAGGAGUACAGUGUUGAUCCAUGGACUCGGAAGGAGUUGUAGCAGCAAAGGUGGCAGAUGAGACUACUAAACCGGCAAUCCAAGAAGACGGCGCCGAGAGCAAGGCCGGGAUGACUGAUCUGCUGAUGCUGACCGACAAGUCGCAGCUGCAGGCGCUGGCGAUGCUGCUGCGGAACAACGAGGAGCUCAUGAUGAGCCAGGCGAUCAAGUCGGAGACGGAGCGCAUUGAGUACCUCAAGACGGUGAGCGACUGCUACACGCGGACGAUGAAGCUCCUCGACGAUUCCAUGGCGGCCAGGACCACGUACGAGCGUUCGGGCGGAACGAGGAGCCUCGUCGCCCGGGACAUGGACGACUACGUCGUCUACGGCCUCAACGCGUGCUUGCAGAACGUCCGCAACUGCUGCGUGCGCCUGGACGCCAUCGACAAGCUGCGGGCGCACUACGACGCCCUCGCCGACGCCGUCGCCGACCCGGCCGCCAACGUCGAGGGCCUCGCCGCGGAGGCGUCCGAGUACAAGGCCGCCAUGUGGCAGUACUGCUACAACCAGCGGAGCGCCUCCGCGCGGGCGCACUCCCGCGCCUACUCCCAGGCGCUCAAGCUGGAGGGCAUCGACUUCGCCGAGCUGGUGCGGAGGCACCAGCUCCGGCUCGGGUACGGCAGCAAGGGCGAGGAGUUCGAGGACCUGGACGACACCCAGAAGCUGGAGGUGUACAACAGCAUCAUCGUCGAGUCGGGGCGGGCGGGGCUACCGGUGCGGAUGUUCUCGUCGGGCCGCUCUGCCGGUGGCCCUAAGAUUGCAGCCACGACGUGGGCGGAGGCGGUGAGCGUCUUCAUCAUGGCGGCGGGCAACCUGGCGUGGGACGUGUUCACCACGGAGCACGAGGUGGAGGCCAUCCUCAAGGGCAGCCUCAACCUCCUGGCGGGGCUAGGGGGCUUCGCCGUGGAGGCCGUCGUCGGCGCGGCUGUCACCAAGGCGGUCGCAAACGUCGGCGCCGGCGUCUUUGCUUGCUCUCUCGCCGGCUUCGUCGUGGGCGCCAUCGCCGGGCUGAUCUUCGUCGGCGUCAGCGGCCUCCUCAUUAACCUCAUCAUCGGCUCCCCAAGGAAGGUGCCUGACAUGAGCAAGCUCAUGUUCCACACCGCCGUCAUGCCCGAUGGAAUGGCCCUUGCGUAUGCGGUAUCUCAUUAAUUACUUAAUAUCAUCGCAGUGACUACCAAUGCAACUGCUUCAGCUCCUACUGUUGCAACGCGCGUGUGGAAAUAAGAAGGGAAUAAUAAUAAUUAUUAUUAUUGUAAUAAAAAAUAAUUAUCAUAUAUUGAUAAUGAUUAUAUAUCA